CGAAGGACUGGAAAACAAGAAUACAAAUAUAUAAUCUGCUUGCAUUCUCUUUCUACCCCCCCUUUUGCCUCCCUGUAUUGAGCCAAAAAUAAAUGGGAAGACUAACGGUAAGAAAACAGCACUAGAGUCAGUCCUCCUCUCCCUUAGUUUUCUCUCUGUUUUAGACACCACUGGGAGCUGGUGGUUGUGUGGCAACACAGCUCCCAUGAUAAGGUGUGAUUUGGUUCUGUAGUGCCACAGAGCAGAACUCUGCUGUUAUCUCCUCCUUACUCACACUGCAGUACCUGCAAAUUCAGAGAUGGAGCAGCACAGGAGUGAAGUUUCAUCUUGUCUGCACUGAAACACCAAUGUGUAUUUCUAUCAUAUUAGGCCACUCCUCUGAUUUUAAGGAGCAGUGUAGAGAAACGUGCUGUUGUCAUCACAUCUGGGAAAGGCUGAAGCUGGAAUCUACAUAGUCCUUCUCCAGAGGUUGCCUUGCAAGACACAGCUAUAAAAUGUUCAUCAGAAAAAACUGAACUGUAGAUCCUUAAGAGUCCAAUGGAUGGCAUAGCAAUAGCAUCACUGUCCAGGGAGCUGGAAUCCUUCCUCGCCUGCCUGCAUGCUGCUUGAACUGAUCCCAAGCCUUUGUUUUUGGACUGAAGAAACCUGAAAACCUUUCUCUCCUAAUUCAUGAGCCAGCAGGAUGUGGUCGCCGUGCUUUCAGAACGCCUGCUUGUAGCCGCCUACAAAGGCCAAGUGGAGAAUGUGGUGCAGCUUAUCAACAGGGGUGCCAAGGUAGCAGUUACCAAGCAUGGCCGGACCCCCCUGCAUCUUGCUGCCUACAAGGGUCAUCUCCAUGUUGUCCAGGUUUUGUUGAAGGCAGGUUGUGAUCUGGAUAUUCAGGAUGAUGGUGACCAGACAGCAUUGCACCGGGCUGCUGUUGUAGGGAACACCGAUAUAAUAGCAACUCUGAUUCAAGAGGGCUGUGCUUUGGACAGACAAGACAAGGAUGGGAACACUGCUCUUCAUGAAGCUUGUUGGCAUGGAUUCAGUCAGUCUGCCAAAGUGCUUGUUAAAGCAGGAGCCAACGUUCUUGCCAAGAACAAGGCAGGUAACACACCUCUUCACCUGGCUUGCCAGAAUAGCCAUUCCCAGAGUACUCGUGUUUUGUUACUUGGAGGAUCUCGAGCAGACCUCAAAAAUAAUGCAGGAGAUACCUGUCUGCAUGUGGCUGCUCGUUAUAAUCACUUGCCCAUCAUUAGGGUGCUGCUCAGUGCUUUCUGUUCUGUCCAUGAAAAGAACCAGGCAGGGGAUACUGCACUCCAUGUAGCUGCUGCUCUAAAUCACAAGAAGGUGGUGAAGCUCUUGCUGGAGGCAGGGGCUGAUGCAUCUGUUGUCAACAAUGCAGGCCAGACCCCUCUAGAGGUUGCCAGACAGCACAAUAACCCCGAGGUUGCGCUCCUGCUCACUAAAGCAUCACAGGUCUCGCGUUUUAAUCGUGGGAGAAGCCUGAGGAAGAAGAGAGAGAGACUGAAGGAGGAAAGGAGGGCUCAAUCGGUGCCACGGGAUGAAGUGGUACAGAGCAAGCAGGGCAGUGUCUCAGCUGCUGAUGACACACCAAGCAGUGACCAGCCUCCAGAAAGGAAGAACAAUCUGAAGGAUAAACCCCGGUCAGCCUCACCGGAUCCCAAAGGGAAAAAGAGCAAAAAGAAAAAGCCAAAGGAAAAGGUUUCAGCACUCUCGGACCCCAUCUCCCCAGCUGAUCAGCAAACACUCCCUCAGCCCCAGAAGAAUGUGCCUAAGCGCAGAAGUAAACACCACUGCUCCUCUCCACCCCCUCCCCACGAGGUCCGAGCCUACCAGCUCUACACACUCUACCGAGGAAAGGAUGGGAAGGUGAUGCAGGCACCCAUAAAUGGAUGUCGUUGUGAGCCCCUGAUAAAUAAACUGGAGAAUCAGCUGGAGGCAACCGUGGAAGAGAUAAAAGCUGAGCUUGGGACAGUACAAGAUAAAAUGAAUAUUAAGCUGGGCCAGAUGGAAAGCAAAACUCAACACCAACUCCGAGUUUUGGACAAGCUCAUGGCUGAGCGACUGUCAGCAGAGAGGACAGAGUGCCUUCACCGCCUGCAGCAGCACACGGAGCUGGAAAAGAGCGAGGGGGAGAAGCGGCAGAUUUCCUUGGUUGAUGAGCUGAAGACUUGGUGCUUGUUGAAGAUUCAGAAUCUGGAGCUCAAGCUUUCUGGAGAUUCCAGGUCAUCGAGACCAAAAUCAACUUUGUCCACUUGUGAGUCUCUCACUGAGACCCUGGAUACUGACAACAACCCCCACAGUGCCAAGGACUGUAAAGCCAACCAGCCUGUGCUGCAGUCAGAGGGCUCCCACCAGCAUUCCUAUAUCACACUUCCAAAUAACCUCUUGGAAGAUGGGGCAAGGAGCAGAGUCCAGAUGCCAGAACAAAGCUUUGGGCAACACUUUUGCAUUAAACAAGAUGGAGCAUUGGGUACAACCACAUCAGGUACAGAGCGACAGGUAGUGGCUGGUGGACCAGUUUCUUCCCCUGCUCAAGAUGUCAGGCCAAAGGACAAAGCUGUGAGUACCAGCACGUUCCACAAGUUCCAGCAGGAGCUGCCCUCCUCUGAGCUUUCAGGCUCCAAAUUAAGACAUGUUAAAGUUCAAGCUGCUUUGCAGCCAGUGACUGAAGUUGCAAAAACUGAACCUCAGAGCGGCUACUUCAUUGACAAAGGAACUCAGACAAAAAAGUCCAGCAAAAGUGGGCAGUCGAGGCACAAAGCUCUGCAUCACCCAGGGGCACAGCAGGGCCAGGAGCAGCAGCCCUCGGCCCAGCCUGCCGCUCCACUCAGAGACACCUCCCAGGCCUUGGAGAUAACCCAGUACUUCUUUGAGGCUGUUUCCACGCAGAUGGAGAAGUGGUACGAGCGGAAGAUAGAAGAAGCCCGGAGCCAAGCAAACCAGAGAGCGCAGCAAGACAAAGCUGCACUCAAGGAACACAUCAAAUGCUUAGAAGAGGAGCUGAGCAAAUUAAGGACUAAGGUGCAGAAAGAGAGCUAGCACCUGCCAGGCAGGUAAUCAAGCAUCAGGACUCAUUUUGGAACCUGCUGUAUGGGAAUUUGGAAUAUUGAUAGAUAUUUGUAGUGCCUGUUACAUCCAAACACAACACACUAUUUCAGGAGUAGAAAUAACUUCAGAAACUCUGUAAGCAAGGAGUUCAUAUGUUCAUAUGCAAACUACACUGAUAACAAAGAAAUGCUGCAGAUUAGAUCCUUUCUUUGUUAUUUCCAAGAGUCUGUCAAUAUUGCACUCUCAAGUUUCCAGAUGCUGCUUGAAACCAAACUGCAUUAGUAACCAAAACUGCUUUCUGAAAAGGGAAUUCCCUUACUACCACACAGGGUUCUACUGUAUGCCACAUGUAAACAUGUUGUGAUACUAGUACUGAAAUUAAUGCAGGAUGUUUGAUAACUUUUGACAGAAUUAGUGAUGAAGGGCUAUUGAUCCUAUUUUAGAUACUCCCAGGGCCUCUCUCUAGUCAGUGGAGAGAAGCUAAAGAACCCACUCUAGUUACAAGCCCAGGUAGGUGACAGAUGCAGGCUUCCAGCUGGGAGAGGGCAGGCAACCAUGGAGGGAGAUGCUAAGGUCACUCAUCCCAUUAGGUACAGAGGCUUCAGCAACCAUUUUGCUUUUCUCUUGGUUUUCCAUCAUUAAAACAAGUGCUAAAUUGGA